CAAGUUGCAAGAAAUUGAGUGAGAGAGAGAGAGAGAGAGAGAGAGAGAGAGAGAGAGAGAGAGAGAGAGAUAAACAAAAAUACUCACUCGCUCACUCCUAUUAGGUAGCAGCAAUACUUCGUCUAGAAAGAAAGCCUCCUUUUUGUGGUGUCCAAGAAGGAAACCUUUUUUGGGAUUUGGUUUCGCUUUCUUGGGGCCAAAAGAAAAAGGAGAUGAAUCCGAAUAAGGAGACAAGAAACCUUUACAUCUUCUUCGUCUUCUUCUAUGUGUUCGUCCUCCUCUUUGCUCGCUUUCCACUCUCUGAAGCUACCAAAGACCCGUCCGCUCAACAAGUGAAGUUACAGAAUCGUCAACUUGGCUCCUCCGUCGUGUUUCCUGUCUCUGGGAAUGUGUAUCCUCUUGGGUACUAUUAUGUGUUGCUUAACAUAGGGAACCCACCUAAGCUCUUUGACUUGGACAUUGACACUGGCAGUGACCUCACUUGGGUUCAGUGUGAUGCACCGUGCAACGGUUGCACAAAGCCUCGUGCUAAGCAGUACAAGCCCAAUCACAACACUUUGCCUUGUUCACACCUCUUGUGUUCUGGCCUCGACCUUCCCCAGGACAGACCUUGUGCUAACCCUGAGGAUCAAUGUGACUAUGAAAUCGGUUACUCCGAUCAUGCAUCAUCUAUUGGUGCUCUUGUAACUGAUGAGUUUCCUGUAAGACUCGCAAAUGGCUCCACUAUGAAUCCCCAUUUGACAUUUGGAUGUGGGUAUGAUCAGCAGAACCCUGGUCCACACCCUCCUCCUCCAACUGCGGGAAUCCUUGGUCUUGGCAGAGGGAAAGUAAGCAUCUCAACGCAGCUUAAAUCCUUGGGGGUAACAAAGAAUGUGAUCGUGCAUUGCUUAAGUCACAGUGGUAAAGGCUUUCUCUCUAUUGGAGAUGAGCUUGUUCCGACUUCUGGUGUUACAUGGACUUCACUGGCUACUAAUACACCUAGUAAAAACUACAUGACUGGACCAGCUGAGCUUCUUUUUAACGACAAGACCACAGGUGUCAAAGGCAUUAACUUAGUUUUCGAUAGUGGAAGCUCGUACACUUACUUCAAUGCCGAAGCAUACCAAGCGAUUCUGGAUCUUAUAAGAAAAGACUUGAAUGGGAAGCUUUUGAAGGACACAAAAGAAGAUAAAAGCCUACCUGUCUGUUGGAAAGGCAAGAAAGCUUUGAAAUCAAUUGAUGAGGUCAAGAAAUACUUCAAGAAGAUUACUUUACGAUUUGGGAAUCAAAAGAAUGGUCAGCUAUUUGAGGUUCCACCUGAGUCUUAUCUCAUCAUCACUCAAAAAGGAAAUGUAUGUUUAGGUAUCCUAAACGGAACUGAAGUCGGGCUAGACAGCUACAAUAUCAUUGGAGACAUAUUCUUCCAAGGGAUAUUGGUGAUCUACGACAAUGAGAAACAAAGGAUUGGAUGGAUUCCUACAGACUGUGACAAGCUUCCCAAAGUGAAUCACGACUAUGGAGGAGAUUUAUCGGAGGAGGCUUAUCCAAGAGGCUUUGGUUUGAUAACAGAGCUUUUCUCAGGAACCGAAUCUUCUAAGAACAAGAACUUGGCCUCAGAUGGAGAGCUUUGACACAGAGAAGAGUUUUUAAUAAAUAAAAACUGUAAUAGAAGGUUUUUGGUUGUUAUCAUAGAAACAAGAAAAGAUUUUGUAAAUAUAUAUACCCCUUGGGCCUUGUCUAUGUCA